GUGUUUUGUUUUUAGGUUAGCUGCCAUCAUGUUCUGAAAGGAAUAUUUUAACAAAUAAUUGUAACUAUCAUUAUAUCUUAUUAAAAACUUUAACAUGACUAAAGGAGGUGUACAAGUUAUCGAAAAAGAUAUAAGGAAUCAUCCCUGCUGUCCACAUGGGCCUACAAUACUGUUUUCAAGAAAAAUUGAAGAUGAAACCAGGAGAUACUUUGCUUGUUCUGCUUGCAGAGAUAGAAAACAGUGUAAUUUUCUUCUUUGGGAGGACGAAAAGUCGAAAAAUAAAGAAACCUUUUGGGCAACAGAAAACCAAAAAUUUGUGAAAGGUAUAAAUCAUCGAAAAAUGUUUCUUAAUCUGAAUGAAAUAUCUUCGCAGGAUGUUUCUAAAAGGUCGUUUUGUAGUACCUGUAACAUGUUCUGUAGGGAUGAUGAAAAACACUCCACUCACAAAGUUGUUAAAGGUUUGACUGAUUUACAACUGAGACAUCCCUCUACCAUUUUGCCAGCCUUGGAUGAUUCGAAACGAGAAGCACAGUAUCAUUUUUCAGAAACGUCAGUAACUGUUAUUAUGGAUAUAUUUAAAGAACUUGGAUAUAGGAAUGUUAUAUGUAUUGGAACUCCUAGAAUUCACGAGUACAUUCAAAGUAAUUGUGAUCAAAUGUCUAGUAUUUUGCUAGAUAUAGAUAAAAGGUUUCACAAUUUUUUUGGUCCUCUUCAAUUUUGUUGGUAUAACAUGUUCAACAACCAUUUUUUCUUCAAAGAAGCCAAAGAUGUGUUUAUUGAUUUUCUUCAGUCGGAUGGUGGUAAAGAUAUGGUAAUAAUAACAGACCCACCAUUUGGGGGAAGAACAGAGUUGAUUUCAGCAACAUUUAAAAGCAUAAAUAAUCAAUAUCAGAAGCUUAACCAAACCCAAAAUACUCUGCCGAUGUUCUGGAUAUAUCCGUACUAUAUGGAACCACAAAUUUUAAAUUCACUACCAGAUUUUUCUAUGCUGGAUUUUAAGGUGGAAUAUGACAACCAUCAAUCUUUUCAAAAUAAUUCCGGAGGAAGAAAACAAGGGUCCCCGAUCAGAAUUUUUACUAAUGUCAAACCCAGUUUGAUAAAAUUACCUUCUUCAGACUAUAAACAUUGUAAAAUAUGUAAAAGAUGGGUGGCAAAAGAAAAUAAACAUUGUGCUGCAUGCAACUCUUGUACUUCAAAAAAUGGAGUUACAUAUGUUCACUGUGAGGAGUGUAAUAGAUGUGUGAAACCCACAUGGAAACAUUGUAAAAAAUGUGGCAGAUGUGCCCAAGUUCAACAUAGCUGUGCAAAAAUUGAGUUUGUUAAGGAAUGUUUUAAUUGUAAGAAAUCAGGCCAUAAGAAAGCUGAUUGUCCACUGCUAACUCCAACACAAGGCCAGAAGAGGAAAAAAUCAGCUGAAGCAAAUCGCAAAAAGAAGAAAAAGUGAUAAUUAUUUGUUAUUUUAAAUAAUAUACUUUAUUAUAAAUUUUCAAUAAGAA